AGACUCGAAAGAGAAACAAAAUCAAAGGGGUCUUUACCAUUACUUCAUACUCCUCCUCGCGGAAUAAUAACGUCGUUUUACCGUUUAAAAAGACAAUCAAGUCUUUAGGCUUCCAUUUAGAGAGAUCUAACUCGCCUUCCAUAUGAACGUGGGUGAUUGAUUCCAAGUGACGUUUUAUUCUGCAAACUGAGGAAGAAGGCAGUUACGUCUUCCUGUGUACAAAUUUCCCGCUUUACUCGCCGUCAUUACGACCCAUCAACUUUCAAAACAACGUUAUAGCUUGGAGUUUCUUUAAGGUAAUUGAUUUUGACUGACAAUGGCGACCACCAACGAGCAAAUAAGACAUUUGCCGUAUGGCACUCUUCACAAACUGGCCCAACUGCUUGACAUACCUGGACAAAGAAACUGGAAAGCACUUAUCAGUGCUAUGCCAAGUAAUUUAUAUAAACCUGAAGAGGUGUCAGCAUUUGAGAUGGAAGGAAUGAGAUUUAGUGGCAGCCCAUCAAUGAGUUUGCUGACUGACUUGGGACGGAAAUGCAAAACUGUCAAAGCACUUAUAGUCUGGUUGAAAAAAAUUGAAAAUGCCCAAGCCCUGGACAUCUUGGAAUAUGAAGAAAAGGUGAGGAUCCAUGAACAUCCAUCAUCAAAGCCAGUUCGCACUGGCGCAAGUGUGACAUUCAGAUGCAAAGCUACAGGUUACCCAGCCCCAGAGUAUUUAUGGGUGAAGGACGGUGUUGAGGUUCCUGAUGGAAUAAAUGAAGAACUAACAUUAGAUUGUGCUAGACUGGAAGAUAGUGGAAAUUAUGUGUGCAUUGUGUCCAAUCGAUUGAACAUGCAGAGAAGUCAUGAAGUAGAGUUACAAGUUCUUCCAUCACCUGUGAGUGGUUAUACUGGACAAGAACAAACUCCAGAAGCCAAACAUCCUCCUGAAAUCACACGUCAACCACAAUCCUGCAUCUUACCUGAUGGUGUGGAAUUCAGGCUGGUCGUUGAGGUGAAGGAAGGACCAGUGAAAUGCCAGUGGUUUAAAGAUGGCUUUAUACUUGUGGGGCAGACAAGAACAGAAUUACUUUUUCAGCCAUUUUAUUAUCGACAUGAAGGCAGCUAUUGCUGUAGGGUGGAAAACAGUGCUGGUGAUGCCCUCAGUAACACAGCAUUGUUACAAGCAGGAAGGCCUGACGAUCUUCACCUAGCUCAAAGUGUGAUUCCCAGAUCUGCUGAGCUCACACAGAAAGCUGCUGACAAAAUAGCCUUGGUCAUUGGAAACCGCGACUAUGUGCGCUUACCUCUCAAUGAAAGCCCACUGGUUCAUACUUGCAAUGAUGCAAAGAUGCUUGCCUCAAUUUUACGCACUCGUGAAAUGGGUUUCAAGGUCAUCUCCCUCAUGAACCUGACACUAGAUGAGAUGAAUCAAGCACUCAAUAUUUUUUACAGUCUUCUUGGAAGCGGGGUGUAUGGAUUGGUUUAUUUCGCUGGUCAUGGGUUUGAAGAAGGAGGGCAAAACUACCUGGUCCCUGUUGAUUCAGUGGGGGAUUGGGUACCAGAGGAAGCUGUUUGUGCCCAAAGAAUUUUGGAUGAAAUGAACAGAUACCACACAGAGUUGAUAGUGUUUCUUUUGGACAUCUGCCGCAAGAGGGCAAAUGCUGAGAAAAAUUUUGUCAUGAAGAGUUAUGAAUUUCCAUACAAUGCCCAAGCAGUAAUGGGGUUUGCUACAUGUCCUCAAUCUGAGGCUUAUGAGAGAAGACAAGACCCCAAUGGCAUGUACAUGAAACACCUGCUAAAGUAUGUCAUGAAUGACGCCAAAGUCGAGGAUGUCUUGCAUCAAGUGGCAGGAGAUGUCAGUGCAGAGGUAGAGACAAAUGAGUUGGUUGAGAGACAGCGUCCACAGUUUCACUCUACCACCACCAGACAAUACAGCUUGCGUGACCCAAUUCAAAGAGACAAAUUAUACUCUGAAAGAGAAAAGUCCUGGCUUGAAAUACACCAUCUCCCUCAGAAGCGAGAGAUAGAAUGUGAAGCUGGGAUUAAGAUAGAAAUUCGCUUUGAACACCAGAACUGGCUGUCAAAUGCAAUCGUUUUGUGCCUAAGAGUUAUUGACCUUGGAGAGGCAAAAUUCUGUGAUGUAGGCUUGAUGUUGGAAUGUCUUCCACAGGAUUGCCAGAGUCUUUACUUCCAUCCAACUUCAACCAACAGAAUGAGGCAGGUUGUUCAGCCUCCUGACACAGUUGCUCGCAGCCUGCCUCAACAGCGCAAUGGACCCUCUUCAAGUCUUGCUGUGGAAAAGAUUAGUGAGAUCUACAACAUUCAGAGACUCAAGGAACCACUUGCUUUGACAUUGAUUAUUAAGUACAUCCUGAAGGGAUCUGGUGAAGAACGAACAAAGCACAGGGUUGAGGUGUUCAAUUUCAAAGAAUUUGGAAUUGCUGCGGCAUUUUACAAGGCUAAUUAUCAAAAGGAGUGAAGUGUCAGUUGUUAAAUAAUCCUGCUUCUUACUGAAUUUUUACAGUGUGGACACUGCUUUUAAGUGUAGAUAUUUACUAUUAAGUGUCAAUAUCAAAUAUUGAAAGUAUUUGAGCAAUACUAAAUACUAGUCUGAUCAAAUUUCUUGGAACUACUGAGAUAACGAAUUAUUUCCACACUCCCCUGUCUUAAACAUUGUCCCUGAUUAAACACCGAUAAUGGGAGAAAAAUUUAAACAAUGGCUGGACAGCAUAUUAUGUUAGAGUAUUCUUGAGAAAAAAAUUUACAAUUUGGCAUUUAACACCAUACACUGUACUUAGAAAUUUUCAUCCAAAUAUCAAUGCAUUCAAACUUUACACAUUUCAUUUCAUAUUUCAUAAAAUCUCCCAUAUCUAGAAAUUUUUAUCAAAAGAGCAAUGCAUUUGAACUUUACACAUUUCACAAUUAAGGGAUAGGUAAUAUCGGUGAUUUACUCUACAUGAUUUGGAAUAGCCCUUGAGAAAACCAGGUAUUAAAAUGCUAAACAUUCAAGUAAGUAAAAACAGUAUGAUGAAGAAUUCUAUCAUCGAUUUGAAGUGGUGUUUUCUCUCCUGGAAUAUGUGCAAUUGUGGGGAUAUUUAAGAGGAAAUUCUGUAAAAUUUGAAAAUCAGACAACUUUUGAUGUUACUUACUUUACCAAAUUAUACAGUCAUGAACUCUACUGAAUGUAUGAAAAGACCUUCUCUAGAAUCUUACUUACAUUUUUUUAAGUUAUCACUUUUUUGCAACAAAGUAGCAAGGGAGUACAUAUACAUUACUCUCCUUAUUUGGGUAUGCCUUUGGAAGGACGGGGUACAAAUUUAUUGACUGAUCCAGUCUAAUUGAAGUAUAAGAGUUGCAUCUGAGCUGGAUUCAAGUGACCAGCAAGUUAACCUUAGAGAAAGUUACAUACCAGAUGCAGAAAAUAGAAGGAAAAUUAUACACUAUGAUUUUCUUGUAUGAAGUGACAUAUGAAAUGAUUAAUCUAGAUCUGCUACUAAAAAUAAUAAAUAAAUGCUAAAUAUGAGCACAAUCAACACAAAAUGCCUUGUAACAUAGCACAGAUUCUAUAUAUACCAGAACACAUUGACAGCGUACAUUGUCAUGGAAGUCCUUGGAGGCAGAGUCAUUUGACCAGGGUCCAAAUUCGACUCUGUCAUAGAUGUGACUCAGGAAUGGCAUCAUUUAGUUUGAAUACUUCAUGGAAGGAUGACAGUUCAAAAACAAAGCCGUGUUGUGGCAGGAGAGUAAUUUGAUUUUAAUAAACUAAAGGUACCUGCCUAAAAGGAAAGAUCUAUACAUGUGUAGAGACUUAAUUCACAACAGAAUGGCAACCACCUAGUCCAUAAUAAAUGAAGUCCAACCUUUUUAGGUUGAAGCAUUUCUAUAAACAAUGCUUCUUUUUACUGACUUUAUUACAAUUAUAGAGCAAUCAUAGAAGUACACAUUUAGUUAGUAGGAUUCAAUAUUUGGUAUUUUGUAAGUUGUUACAGGUUGAUACAAAGUAUGCAUAUUGUGGCCAUAGUUCAUUACCAGUUGGUGUUGGUAGUGUGUUGUAAUAAAAAUGCUGUAAUUUUGCAACAUUGAA